AUGAUUAUUGCUGUCGCCGUUGCCGGCUUCAUCGUCAUCGCCACAGCCGUGGGGCCCAUAAGCCCAAGUAAUGGAGAUGACGAGGCAGUUAAACCCGAGAUUCCAACCGGCAAGAGCAUCUGCGCCAACGCACCAUGCCUCGAGGCCCUCGCCGCCGUGGUCGACGCGCCCGAUGCCCACCCCGAGCAGGCCACGGUGCAUCUCUUCGCCCGCCGCCGGGCAGAUGGAAUGCUGGUUCAGACCUCGUCCGCGUCACCCGGUGUCUACCACAGCAGGAACUGGACGGAACGUGGCGGUCCCAUUGCCGGACCCGGCCCCUCAGCCAUCAUCUGGCAGGCGCCCACGUACCCCAACGAAGUUCAGGGGGGCGGGGCUGUCGUGACCGUCCUGGGCAUCUCGGCGUCUGCUGCUUCGUCGGGAGACAUCUUUCUCCGACACAUCGGGCAGGGCGGCGCCGGGACAGCAGGUGCGCCUAUUUCAUUCAAGUACCGGAUUGAGAUGCUCGGGGUGCCGGCGACGUGCGCCAUCCAACAGGAGCAGCGGUUCGACUUUUGGGUGCAGGCGCGCAACGGUUCCGACGCCGACGGGUCUGCGACCUUGUAUCACCAGCUCUCGGCCAACGGGGCGUGGUUCUACGACGGGAGGUGGGAAACGGACGUCGUCCUGCAGACAUCGCCCAGCAGGCCGGCAGCAAUUGCGUCGCGGCCGGGACUGCUGUGCCGCAACGGUCGCUGGAAGGCCUGGGAGCAGCACUUGGUCGUCUAUGACGGCGAUGGCGCCGCUUGGCACCGCCAGUGGAUGCAGGAGCCCGGUCCUUCGCAAUGGGGUCCAUGGGAGAGCCUGGGGGGCAAAUAUGCCAAAGGCACGUACCCAGUGCUCGUCGAAACCACCGCGGGCAGUUUCCAGUUUUUUGGGCUUGGCAGCGACGAGCAAAUGUAUUCAAUGACGUGGACCUCGGCGCAGGGCUUUGGCAACAGGACCACCCUCGGCGGGGGAGCCUUUGCCAGCGUACCUGCCGUCGCCGUGAGCCAAGGGUCUGGGUCUGAGAGGGUGGACGUCGUUGCGGUGAGCAAGGAUGAUGGGAGAUUAAAGCAUAAAGCAAUAGGUCUCGGGGUUUCCAUGGAUGAGCAGUGGGAAGACCUUGGGAUUGUAUCCAAUAGCGCCCCGACGCUGGCAAAGGUGGGUCUGGCAAGUAUGGAUAUUUUCACAACUGCCGUAGACGGCUCUAUAUGGUAUGCACCUGCCCGCCUGUCGGACAUGGGAAGGAGCGGCUGGGGAAACCUGACCUGGGCGCCUAUCCAAGGGCUAUAA